GCGGCUCCCUGUCCCCGCCCCGCGCCGGCCCUCCACUCCCACUUCCUGAGCCCCGGCGCUGGCGCUGGAGCCCUGGAGGCCAGGCCAGGCCCGGCCACUCCGGCCCCCGGGGUGCGUCCGUCAAGUCCUGUCCCAGCCUCCGGGCUCUGCCACCACUGGCCCGGACGUCCAGGCUUCCACCUCCCUCCCAGGCCUCCAUCCAUCUGCUCGGCUGGCAGGCUGACUGGCCGCCAUGCGCCUGCCGUGGGCCACCUCCCACCGCGGCCUGGCCUGGGGGCUACUCAUCCUGGGCGUCUGGGGUCUCCUGGCCGCAUCCCAGCCCCGGCUGGUGAGGGGGGCGCCCAUGCAGGGGCUCCCAUACCACACGGAGAACCAAAGCUGCGGAGACCAGGAAAAGGAAUACUACGAGUCCAAGCAUCGCCUCUGCUGCUCCCGCUGCCCCCCAGGCACAUACGUCUCCACCGAAUGUAGCCGCCACCGGGACACCAUCUGUGCCACGUGCCCCGAGAAUUCGUACAACGAGCACUGGAACCAUCUCUCCUUCUGCCAGCUGUGCCGCCCCUGUGACAAGAUGCUGGGCUUCGUGGAGAUCAUGCCUUGCACUAGUGACCGCAAGACCCAGUGCCACUGCCAGCCGGGGAUGUACUGCGUCUUUUGGAACUCUGAGUGUGAGCACUGCGAGCCACUCUCCAACUGCCCGCCUGGCACUGAAGCCGAGCUCAAAGAUGAAGUCACGGAGGCUAACAGCAACUGUGUCCCCUGUAAAGCUGGACACUUCCAGAACGCCUCCUCUCCCACCGCCCGCUGCCAGCCCCACACAAGGUGUGAGGACCAGGGCCUCGUGGAGGAAGCCCCGGGCACUGCCCAGUCUGACACCAGCUGCAGAAAUCCACAAGAGCCCCCCGACGUGCCAGGAACGAUGCUAAUGCUGGCCAUCGUGCUGCCUCUGGUCUUGUUUCUGCUCCUCACCACCGUCUUCAUCUACACCUGGAAGAGCCACCCCUCUCUCUGCAGAAAGCUGGGAUCCCUGCUCAAGAGGCACCCAGAGGGAGAGGAAUCAAAUCCUGCUGAUGGAAACUGGGAGCCCCCAAGGUUCAACACACAUGUUCCUGACCUGGUAAAGCCACUUCUGCCCACCCCUGGAGACUUGACCCUGGCCUCUGCCGGCGUCCCAGCGAACCCGAAUUUGGAGGAAGAGGUGCUCCAACAGCAGAGUCCCCUGAGCCAGGCCAGAGACCUGGAUGUUGAGCCCCCAGAACAAGGCCAGGUGGCCCACGGCACCAACGGCAUUCAUGUCACCGGCGGCUCUAUGACGGUCACCGGCAACAUCUACAUCUACAACGGGCCAGUCCUGGGGGGAGCCCGGGGCCCCGGAGACCCCCCCGCUCCCCCAGAGCCUCCGUACCCCAUCCCCGAAGAGGGUGCCCCCCGCCCUCCCGGGUUCUCCAUGCCCUACCAGGAGGAUGGCAAGGCUUGGCACCUGGCUGAGACAGAGACACUGGGGUGCUACGCCCUCUGACAGGGCCAAGGACCCAAAGCGUCAGCCAUGCCGGACGGUGUCUGGAGGAGCCAGGAGAAGGGAGGCCGCCCUCCCCGCACAGGCCUGACUGAGGGCCUGGGAAGGGCCCCAAGAGCUGGGCCCUGAGGGGCCAGGCCUCAGACAUUGCCUCUCUGAGAGCAGGGCCAGCGCUGGCUGGGAACAGCGCCCCGGCGGGACUCUCAAGGCCACCUGAGCAGGCCCAGGGCUUCCCUGCAGACUCCCUGCCCACUGGGGCUGCACCGGCUUGGCCUCAGGCAUGGACAGGGCAUGUGACCCUAACCACUGCCCCCUGGCAUUUGAAUCCCAAGCCUGGCAUGGAACGGAGCCAGCCACACGGUCACUCAAGAACUGGGACCCCCCUGGCAGAGUCAUGGUGCUCAACAUUCCCAAGCUUCAGAGGCCCUUUGAGGGCCCACACUUCAGUGGACGGAGAGAGACCCAACAAGAAGCCGGAGUGACAAGGAGGACCACCCACCCUCCCCUCCUCGACAGGAAAGCGAGUCUCUCUAACCAAGGGCUUGGGUGGGGUUCGAGGUAUAAGGGUGAGUUUUGGAUGGGGAGGAAAAAAAUUGGUGAGUAUAUUUAUGAACUGUACCCACAUACAAAUAAAGAGGAGAUUGAGACCUAG